AGAACACCUCCCUUUGACCAUUUUUCUCGCCCUAGAAGAGCUGAUUAGGUUGUGUUCAUGUGAUCUAGAGGGAUGGUGACUGUGCUGCUGGCAAUAAUUUAAUGUUUUUUUGCCGAGGUUUACUGACACCGGUCAUAUUCAACAGGUGUUGAGAGUUUGUAAAUUCAACAGUUACUCUGCACUCCGGCACACUCAGACGAGAGCGGAAUAGAUAGGCACAGUUGGAGUCGGAAUGGAUAGGCACAGUUGGAGUCGGAAUGGAUAGGCACAGUUGGAGUCGGAAUGGAUAGGCACAGUUGGAGUCGGAAUGGAUAGGCACAGUUGAAUUGACGAACGCACAGCUAGUCCUUGACUCCCGGUGCCAUUACACAGGGUUAGGAUUGGAUUCCCACACAGUGCGUGUUUGCGGAAAACAGACGGACUAAAUGACCUGUGCUAAUUAGCUAGCCAUCAGCGUCUCUGAACACCUGUGUUUAAACAGACAGACGCCGAAAAUGUGGAUUCACUGGGAAAAUACUGUCGGCUGCAACUGUGUUCACCUUUUAAAACAGUGUACAUGCUUGCAGAGCUGCCUCAACCUCAGAACCUGACUCUGCUCACCCUGAACACACAGUACGUACUGACAUGGGACUGGGACCAGACGACCACAGGCAACGCUGUUACCUUCACUGUAGAGUACAUGGCGAAGUACAAGAUGAAGAUGAAGAAGGACUGGAGCCUUGUGUGUGACAGGACCACACACACCCGCUGUGAUUUCACAGGGUCUAAUCUGACCUACAUAGGAACGUACAUGCUCCGAGUCCGAGCCAGCGCAGACGGAGUCAACUCACACUGGGUCUGCAUAGAGUUCUGCCCUGAUAAAAACGCUUUGUUGGGCCCACCGCCCAGGGUGGAGCUGGCUCCUGCGGGGAACCAGCUGAAUGUGACCAUCUCUGAUCCCCUGACCAGCACCCAGGGCUCCAUGAAGAAACACGUCAUCUCCCUGUACUACCGCAUCCUGUACUGGAGUCUCUCUGAUGACCCUCAGGGUCUGAAGCCUAAAGUGGUGGACUCUAGCAACAACCUGGUGAUGCUGCCUGAGCAGGAGGCCUGGACGUGGUACUGUGUCAUAAUCCAGUCUCGCUACGACUACUACAACAAGACUAGCGGCUACACAGAACCCCAGUGCAUGCAGACAGAGGGUGACACCCCGUACGGGCAGAUCUUCCUGUACUUCCUGGUCUCCAUGGUGGUGUGUUUCCUGCUCGUGUUGCUUCCCUCCUACGCCUUCUUCAGGUUCUACAGAGUCCUCAAAAACACCUUUUACCCCUCUAUCCAGCUGCCUGCACACAUCCAGGAGUACCUCUGUGACUCCUCCCCCGGCUCCGACAUGCCCCGCCUCCUCACUGCUGAUUCAGAGGCAGAGCUGUGCUGUGAUAAGCUGACCAUAUGUCCUGAGGUGGUGCUACUGGAGAUACACCUCCCUCCUCCCCUCACAGCGCCCCCCUCAGAGCUGGAGCAGGACAGCGGCAGGCACAUCCGCCAGGACAGCGGAGACUCUGGGAUCCACUCCACAGAGGGAGGCUCCGCCCAGCAGGGUUGUAGUGGUAGGGAGCCAAUCAGGACAGACCAGGAAGUGGACUCCUGGCAGACACUGGCGCAGGUCAAGAUGGAGGAGAUGGGGAGAGACGUCAUCAUGAAAGUCCAAUAUUUUUGAAAACUUGUUUGUUGACAUGUUUAACAUUUUGGGAAUAUCAACUGACUAUUAAAUACCUAAAUAUU